ACUGACCCCGGGCCCAUCGGCAGUGCCGAGUUUCCAAAUGGUCAGUCCGCCCCUGGAGUAGACACGAUUGGUGGGACUUCUCCGGAGUCACAGGAAGGGUUAAAUCCCGUAAAUAUGGAGAUGUAUUAUUACAGCGCUGGCCAGGGGUGGACUGACAACUCAUGGGGCUCCCGGGCAAUAGGGGAUCAUAGGGCCCCUGUGUCUUUGCCCAAACUCAAAAAAGCCUAUGAAAAAGGUACCAGGGACAUCUCAUGGGGCCCCCUACUGACCCCGGGCCCUCAGGCAGUGCCCGAGUGCUGGAAUGGUCAGUCCGCCCCGGCGCUGGCGUCC